AUUCAAAAUUUGCCUGGCGGGCUGGAUUUUGAGGUUAUAAUAUUAAACGAAAGUUGUAUCAAUCUGUGAUAUUUCUUCUGCUAGUUCUUUAAAAUAUUAGAUACUAUGGAAUGUAAAGGAACCGUAACUAAAGUGGACGCGUAUUAUGGUUACAUUGAAGUAGACAACAAAUUUACAAUCUAUUUAGGUGUGCUUAAGGGAUAUAACGAAACACUUAAUUUACCCGUAAUAGGAACUAAAAUAAAAGCUACAAAUUUACAUAAAUAUGCUACUAGUUAUGUAGCUUGUGGAACUACCGUUUUAAAAGGCGAUUUUAGCAUAGAAUACCAACCAAAUUUUCUAACGCAUUUGAUAAAAAAAUAUGAAUUAGGCGUUAGUGAUUUAAUAGUAGUUAAUAAAAUUUUAAAGUUAUUGCAAACAAAUUUGACAUUUCAAAAUAAUGAAAUACAAGAGUUGGUUACUGGGUGUUUGUUUGAAACUUUGAUAAAAAUGCAAGAAAAAGUGCCCCAAGCUAAAGAACGUUGUUUAAAUAAUGUUAUUAGCCAUUUAGAUGUAAUGUCUAUAAGUUCUUGUCGGUUUGUUGAGGUAGAAACUGAAAAAUUUACUGAUUUUCCUACUUGGACGUUUGGAGUUCAUUCUAAAAUAAAAAGGAACUCAUUACUAUUUGGUUUUAUGUUUAUAAACCAUCAUUAUGGUUUCUUGAUGUUAAAAGAUGCAUUUCAUAAAAUUUUAUGCAUUGUUACUAAUAAAGAGUCAAAUAUCGACUAUUUUGAAAACUCUUAUGUGCUUAUUAAAUAUUAUACAGUUAUUACUGAAGUAUUCAAAGAGAGUAAAGUUCCAAAUUUAGAAUAUUUAAUUGUUAAGUCUAGAGAUAUUGUGGUUGUACAUUCUUUAGAAAGGAACAUUUUAUUUGGAAAAAAUCCACCAGUUACAGAAUUUAAAUAUAAGAAAGACUUUAUUUUGUAUAGAAAAAGUACGGUAUGUUUGGGACCAAAUGACAAAACCGAAACUUAUUUAGAGGUUUUAUUAAAUAAUGAUGAAAAUAAAAAUAUGGAGAAAAUAUUUUUAAUAUUGCCAUUUCACUAUACCUCAAUCAUUUUGUAUUUACAAGAAGGAUAUAAAUAUAAUUUGUAUCACAAUUGCUCUUUAAAUGAAUCAAAUAGGCCUUUCCUCAAAGCAAUAGAAACAUUAAAAAACUUUAUAUUAGAAGAACAACGAGCUUAUUUCCAAGAACUGGAUCAUGCCGGUAAUCCUGAUAUAUAUAAAAUAGUUCCAAUAACUGAACGUAACAAGUAUAUGUCUAUGAAUUUAGGAUUAUUAUGCUUUGAAGGAAUAAUAACUUCCAGAGGAUUUGCCAAAAAUUUGUAUAAUGAAGCUUUUCAGAAAGUCAAAGUGUAUGGAUUCACUACGCCAGGUAUUGAAAUUCAUACUGUAGCCUUCUCAAAUGAUAUGAACGAUGGUUUAAUUAUAUACUUAUCGAAUUGGAUAAAAAGGUUGAUGCCAAUAGGACUCGUACCAGACAUGAGGGUCAUAGUGAAGAACGUCCUAGCUAAUUCGAAAUAUAUUAAACCCACGGUCUUUACAUCGUUUGAAAUAGUAGCUUAUGAGCCCAAAGUUCCAUUUCAGACAGUGAAUUUGUUUGAAUAUAGCGAUUACGAUUGGGGUUCUCGCUACUAUCUCAGUCUCGGCAACAAAAUACCUCAAGGUGUAAUAGUGUGGUCGAAGAUUCAAAAUAUCCACAUUGUAGAAGUAAAAAUGAGCAAUCGAUGCAAAAACUGUGAAAUUUUAAUAGAAGUUGCCGGACCCUGUUUAUAUUGUGACAGCGUGGAUAGAGAUUUUCAAUUUAAGUUAGUUAUGUAUACUUCGGAUGAGUUUGGUCGUAGCAGGGUUUUCGUCCAAAAUCUGAAUUUUUUAAGAUUGAUACUGGAUGUACCAGAACAACAAUUUUCCGUUUGGUUAAAAGCUUUUGAAAACGUUGGAAAUUAUUAUUUUAGCAUAUAUGAACCAGACAGUCGCGUGUUUAAACUACCUGUUACUUCCCGGAAUUUAUUUAUAAACACGCUGACAAUAUUAUUGGAAAAGUUUAACAAAUCUGUAAGUGACUGUUUCGAGAUCAAAUGCAGGAAAAAGUAUCCCGAUAUAAAGAAAUUACAAAAAAUUAUAUGCCCGCAAUGGAUCUAUCUGGAUGGCAGAAAAAUUUCGUUUUAAC